CAAAAGCCCAGGGAAAGAAACUCUUGGAAAGCUGGGAGCGAACCGUGGGCCGGGCAGGAGCAGGUCGAACCGUCCCCUGGCUGUUCGUCUCCACUGGAUACAUUUUGCGACUGCGAAGGAAUUAAAUCCGAUUUUCUCUCUCUUUUUUUUUUUUUUUCCCCCCCUACCCCCAGGAUUUUUUUUUUCAUUUUUUCUUUUUGAGAGCGAGAGGGAAGGCAGAGCCGCGCUUCUCCCCCCUCUUUUCACGCGCUCGAUCUUUUUAUUUUUAUUUUUGUUUCCCUUGGGGAUAGAGGUGCACGCGAGGAAGAAAAAAAAAAAGUAAAGGACUAUGUUUGCUUCGUGGCUGACUUUCGCCGUGCUCUGGGGAACUUUCUGUGCAGGGCCGGGCCAUGGGGAGGCUGAGACGAGGGAGUGCAUCUACUACAAUGCCAACUGGGAGCUGGAGAAGACCAACCAGAGUGGCGUGGAGCGCUGCGAGGGGGAGAAGGACAAGCGUCUCCACUGCUACGCCUCCUGGAGAAACAACUCGGGCUCCAUCGAGCUGGUGAAGAAAGGUUGCUGGUUAGAUGACUUCAACUGCUAUGACAGGCAGGAGUGCGUAGCCACAGAAGAAAACCCUCAAGUGUUUUUCUGCUGCUGCGAGGGCAACUAUUGCAAUGAGAAAUUUACCCAUUUGCCUGAAGUCACCGGCCCAGAAGUCAUCUACGAGCCUCCGCCGCCAACGCCCUCCCUGCUCAAUAUCCUGGUGUACUCCCUGCUCCCCAUCGCAGUCCUCUCCAUGGCCAUCCUCCUGGCAUUCUGGAUGUACCGGCACCGCAAGCCUCCCUACGGGCACGUCGACAUUAUUGAGGACCCUGGCCCACCACCCCCUUCUCCCCUGGUUGGCCUAAAGCCUCUGCAGCUCUUGGAGAUCAAGGCAAGGGGACGCUUUGGCUGUGUGUGGAAGGCUCAGCUGAUGAAUGACUACGUAGCAGUGAAAAUCUUCCCUAUUCAGGAUAAGCAGUCUUGGCAGAGUGAGAGGGAGAUUUUCAACACUCCUGGCAUGAAGCAUGAGAACCUUUUGCAAUUUAUCGCAGCAGAGAAAAGAGGGACAAACCUGGAAACGGAGCUCUGGCUAAUCACAGCUUUCCACGACAAGGGCUCUCUGACGGAUUACCUGAAGGGCAACAUUAUCAGCUGGAAUGAGCUCUGCCAUGUUGCAGAAACAAUGGCCCGUGGCUUGUCCUACCUUCAUGAAGACGUCCCUUGGUGCAAAGGUGAAGGACACAAACCUGCUAUAGCACACAGGGACUUCAAGAGUAAAAAUGUCUUGCUGAAGAAUGACUUGACGGCAGUGCUAGCUGAUUUUGGACUAGCUGUACGGUUUGAACCUGGAAAACCUCCAGGGGACACUCAUGGACAGGUGGGAACAAGGAGGUAUAUGGCUCCUGAAGUGUUAGAGGGAGCCAUCAACUUCCAACGAGAUGCGUUCCUGAGGAUAGACAUGUAUGCGAUGGGACUGGUGUUGUGGGAGCUCGUCUCCAGAUGUAGAGCAGUUGAUGGUCCAGUGGAUGAAUACAUGCUGCCUUUUGAAGAAGAAAUAGGUCAGCACCCAUCCCUUGAGGACCUGCAAGAAGUGGUGGUUCACAAGAAGAUGCGCCCUGUGUUCAAGGAUCACUGGCUAAAACAUCCUGGCUUGGCGCAGCUCUGCGUGACCAUCGAAGAGUGUUGGGACCACGACGCGGAGGCUCGGCUCUCGGCGGGCUGUGUCGAGGAGCGCAUUGCGCAGAUCCGCAAAUCCGUAAACGGCACUACCUCGGACUGCCUCGUCUCCAUCGUGACGUCCGUCACCAACGUGGACUUGCCACCCAAAGAGUCUAGUAUCUGAGUCCUGGGUCCUGGUUCACUUUUGUCUUUCCAGACUCAGUGGAUUUGGGAAAAAAAAAAAAAAAAAGAACCGACAAAAAACAACAAGGAAAAAGUUUGGAAAAAAAAAAAAACAAGAAAACAAAACACAAAAAUCCAACAAACCCAUGAAUGCAGCUGCUAUUUUAUCUUGACUUUUUAUUAUUAUUGUUAUUAUUAUUAUUAUUAUUUUUUUGGAUUGGAUCAAUUUUACCAGCACAUUGCUCUACUGUAUUAAAAAAAAUGGACAUUUCAGCAAGCAUUCAGGUGCCGACUAAUGAAUGCAGAAAAGGUGCAGGUACCUCAGAACCUCAACAAACUCACUUCAGUUGUUUUUAUUUUAUUCAGUUUUCUGGAUUUCUCUUUAUCAGUCUGUCUUCUGAGCGGAGCAUCUGUGACAUAAAGCUUAUGUGACAUAAAGGAAAACCACCUACCAUCUUCAAAAACGCAAUGCUGCAAACUGUGGAGGAAACUUAAGACUGUUAUAUAAAGAACACACCUUCCUCAAAAGGAUUUUUCCCCAUUUUGUUUUGGUUUUGGGUUCAGUUCCUUUUUUAUCUUUAUUUUUUUUUGGAAGUGAGCUUCAAAAAAAAACAGCAGAUGUGUCUUUACGGAUCUAACGGGUGUCAUUGUAACAUGGAAAAAAAAGUAACUGGGCGGAGAAUGUUAAUUCUUGAUGGUAGAAUUGAAGGGGGGAGCGUAGAAUAGGGGUGGGGAGAGUGACGUUGGACUUGGCAGCAUUUGGGGAAACAUCAUUUGCUAUGGAGCUACUUCUCAGGUAACCAUUAGAGGAGGGGAAGGACAUUUCUGGGCAGAGUAUUAACGGCAGCAGAGUGUGGAGAAAGCAGAGUUAAAGAGACAGUGGUUGGAAGCAAGGCGCUAGUUCUUUCUUCCUCCAGAAUCUCGGGCUUGGCAGUAGAAGAACAAAGAGGAACUAUAAUUACCUUUUAUUUUUUUGACUCCAGAUAGCAGUGGGAAGGAUGCUUUUAAGUGGUGUAACCAGGAGAGGUGGGAAAGUGUGCUUUCAGAAGCACUUUGGUAAAAUACUGGAAGAUGGGAAAAUUCUUGCAUCUCAUUUUAAGUGUGAGUCAGUUGAGGAAAUUUGGCCUUGAAUUGAUUAUCUGUCAGCCCAAGCUACCGGUCUAGAAGGUGGAAAGAGGAAAAGGGUAGAAACUGGGUAAAUGUUUUUUUUUCUUUAUUAAUUUGGAGUUGGGGGAGUGAAAAUACCUGAAGAACUUUGAGAACCCUAUGGGCUGCCCAGCUGAGCAGCAACAGUGAUUCCCACAGCAUCUCUCUGACCGGUUUCUUUGACACUGCUUUCUCCUUACUCUGUGAUGAAACUUUUUUGUCUUAAAGUGGUGCAUAUUCUAAGAUACCGUUACUCUUAUUAUGCCAUAAACUCGCUCUAGUCAGUGAAUGUUCCUAAUGCUGCUGAUUCAACAAUGAAAUAUUUUUUUAAUUUGCAAAACAUGCAAUGUUUAAAAAAAAAAAAAACUUUAAAAAAAACCACAAAAAAACAAACACAAAACACACACACACACACACACAUUACGUGGCUUCCGAGGUUUAAACUGAAAAAAAAAAAAUUAAAACUUCAUGACCACAGACCACCUCAAACCAGAAAUACCUCAGAAUUUUCUACUUGUAUGAGUUUUAUUAUAUAUUUUGUUAGUUGUGUUGUCUUGUAGUAAGUAUAUUUUAAUGUAAGUUGGCUUUUAUGACAAGGGAGUUUUAAAAAAAGAAAAAAAAAGAAAAAAAGUUCCAAAAUCUUUUAGGAAGUGCUACCAUUUUUUUGUUGUUUUGUUUAAUAAAGCACCAUUGUAAAUAACUGUAUACAGUUGUAGAAUAACUGCCUAUAUAAGGUACCUGGGCAUUAUUCACUCUUAUUUGUGAAGGCUGUUUCCAUUCUGUGAUAUUUUUUUUUUGGUCUGUUUUAGUGAAAGGACAGUACAUCGUUUUUUUCUUUUCUUUUUUAUUUUUUUUCCAUUUUUUUUUUUUUUUUUUUUUUACUUUGAAUAUAACAUGAAUUCUGUGUCUUGCUAGACUGACAAAGUUAUGUCCAUUGGAUGGCCAGAUCUUCUAAAUUUUCCUUUGUGUUAAGCCAAAAUGCAGUCCUAAACUAAUCACCCUGUAACGGAAAUGUAAAAAGUCUGUAUUAUGUAAAUGAAUUGGACUUCUCGCCACUGCCAAAUUAUCAGUGUGCACCCUUGCACAGAUAUAAUUUAUUAAGCAAACAAAACUGCUAAUUGGAGAAAAUAUAAAGAAAAUUGAAAUAUAUUUCUUGAAAAGUAUAGCUUUAAAACCUAGAGGUCACAAAUGAGGACAUGGUCCUUUAUCUUGAAGAGACAUUAAGAGAAUUGCCUUAAUUUGUCUAUCUGAAUAAAGUCUUAACCUAUUCUUUCAAGUUACUGAAUGUAUAUUGCAUAUUAGUAUGUACACACAUGUAACUGUGUUUCCGUGUGUAGGUUUGAAAGUUUAUGUUUCUUGAUGUUGAGAAAACCUUGACAAAACCAGACAGAACGAUACCAUUUUGACCCAGCUGAUGUCCCCGGUGGGGGUUGGCAUCUUUGGGCCUGAUGCUGCAACAUACCUACGCUUGGCAUUAAGGGUGUAGGUAGCUCUUCUGGUGUCAUGACAUUAGGCACUCACUUGAUGUUAAGCGUGGUUGUAAAUGUUUGCAGGAUCAGUAUUUUUCAUGUUUAAUACAUUUCUGCACUGAGAUUUAUAUAAUAAUGUGACUAUGUUUUAGAAGUGAAGUGAUGUAAGGGUUGGGGUGGAGCGUAGAGCAGUUAAGGUUGAGUGAAUACUUGUUUCGAGGUGGGCUUGCUCCCGUUUCCCCAGGAAUGGGAGCCAGUUCAUAUUGCUGCAGAAAGAAAAAAAGCUGUACUGUCUUUUAACUGUUAAUAUCUGUUUGCUCUUCUGGAUUUUUUCCUUCAGCAUUACGUAUAAUAGUUAAAACAGGCUUAUUACAGCAGUUGCUUUUUUAUCCUGAUUUCUUUAAGAAGCUUUAAAGUAUUUAUUGAAAGUGCCAUAUGAUUUUAAUAGCCUAUUAGACAGUGUCUGAAAUAUUCUCUUUUGAGAAAGCAUAAACAAAAAUUCUCACAUGUAGCUUAUCUUACUGCGGGGAACUGCACGACCGUACAAACCCUGACCGAACAUUGAUUGUAAAGUAUUACAUCUUCCUGGUGUAAUGGUUCCUUAUAGAUCAUCUUGUCAGCAGGAUUCAGAAACUGACUUUAAAAUGAAUUUCCAAAUUGCGUGUGUGCUGAGUUACAAGUUUUAUAUGUAUGUAGGUCCGUGUGUCUUGCUAUUGCAGCAGAGAAGGAAAUCCUGAACUUUCGCUUAUUUCCAAAUUUGUACGAGUUUGGCUCAAGAUUUUUUUUAAAACUGGUAUCUAUUUUAUUAAUGAAGACAAGCUCCUUUUAACUUAUCGGUCUUUCAACAGUUGAGCUGCCAAGUAAGUAGUUCCCUCACCACUAAUCUAGCCUUUGACAACAUGAUUUUGGUUCUGUUUGGUGCUGCAGAGGCUUUUUCCAAGUCAGGAAUGGGGCACAUCCAUAGGUGUAGCUGUCUUAAGCAACUGCAACUCUUUUGCUCUUAACACUUCCUUGAAUAGAAUGGGAACAACACCUCUCUUCUGUUACUUCCCAGUCACUAAAUUUCCCUUCCCAUUUAGACAUAGAGGAAGUUAGUCUUCAAAAACUUGACUGCAGAAUUUUAUUGGUGACCUUCCUCUCUUGUAUGGCAGUUCUGAGGUGAAUGCUAACAUUAAAUAUCCUGAGUAAAAAUUCUCCUUGAAUUUAAGAGCCACGAUUCCCCAUCCUCCCAGUGUAAUUCCCUUUUAUGAAUUUAUUGCACUGGCUGUGCUGGUUUCCUAGGUGAACAAAGUUUAAGUUCACAUUUUUAAACUGGAAAUACCACAGAGGUUAAAAUAGGGGUAUUUUUUUGAGAUGAUAGAGCUGUGACUUGCUAAUGAAAUUGCAUUAGUACAGCAAGGCUGGAAAUUGUAUGUGGCUUAUAUUAAAAUAUAGGUGCAUAUUACAACAGAUGGCUAUAAACCAGUAUAACCAUCAGUUAAGUGGUACUAGGCUUAUUCAUUAUGAUUAAGGAUUUUAGCUGAUCCUGAUAAUUAAGAAAUUUCUAUUUAAGGCAAAAGAAACCCAUUUCUUAUGCUGCCUCAUUCUUCAGCUGAAAUUGUCUUACAGAAUAUCCAGUGCUAGAUAGUUACACCUAUGGAAGUGCCAAAAUAUUUGUGUAUGUUUGUUUUGAAGAGAAGGUCCUUGAGUGCCUCCUGGUAAUUCCACUGCAUUUUCCUUGGGUCUCCCGAUUCCUUGCUGUUCUCCCUUGAAGUCACUGAUUUCAGUGGAAGCAGAUAUUUCCAGGUUGGCUGGGUCAGGCCUCGCCAUUAGGAAUCCUGAUCCCCCUUAAUAUCACAGUGCGGAAAACAGAGAACACACGUUUUAUUCCUCUUGUGCUGCUUUCUAGUCAGACUGUGAGAGCUUGCCCUGGUUUUCCAGGGAAAGGUCUGGUUUCACUCGGUAUGGAAGGAACUUGUAUUGCAGAGGAAGGUGCUGGUUGAUAAGGUGUGACAGUGCUGUUGUUGCAGUCCUCUUCAAGCCACACUCCACUUUAGAAGUUGCUAAGCAGGAAGCGUCCCGCAAACUUUUAUCACUUUUACAUACAGGAUAUUGUUUGGUAACAUUGUAAAUAAAAUAGACUAUAUAAUAGAGGAAAAUAAGGACAUUUUGACUUUUUUACUUUUGGAAAAAUAUAUAUAUAUUUUAGUUACAUAUACAAAACAAAAAUUCUACAUUGUGUGAGAAUUCUUUUAUACCACAAAUUAUUUUUGUAAUGUCUAAUAUGUUGCUGCAGGGAAAAGGGAGAAAGGUCUGUGUACGCACAGCAAAUAAAUAAAUAUAUAUAUGAUGUUUAAAUUAAGUGUGCACUACAUCAAAGUCUAGAGGAUAGAAGAAGUGUAGCCUGAAAAGAGUUUGAGGAGCAAGUUUGGAUGUACUUGGACAUGCUUUGAGGAUGGCACUGAGUAUAUGUUUAGGUUAUCUUGCGUGUCACAUCCCUUCUGCUAAAGAUGCUUAUUGCUUUUCUAUGGCCAUCUUCAGUUAAACCAGGAAGAGUUUUUUUCAUGUAUUCAUGCGAGUAUCCAUGUGUGAGCAGUGUGGCUUUUGGCAUAUGCUGGGGUGCUGCAGUGAGUUGUGAAGUCAGGGUGUUAAGAGUUUACCAAGGCCAAAUAGCCGGGCUGAUCUCGCUCGCUGCCGUAUCCGUUUAUAGCAGCUGCGUCUGCUGCAUUGACAAUAUGAUCUGUAAGGAGCUGUUGCCAGUAGAGUCCUGAUAAAACCAGUUCCUAGAAAUUCCUUCUCUCUGAAAUGACACAGCUAAUCAGGCUUCACCAGAACACACAGAUAAUGUGCUCUGUGUUCCCAACAUCAGAUUUAACCGUCUGCAUCGGAGGCACUGAAGAAAAGGAGCACUGUCACAUCUGAAGCCCUUCCUAGAGAAAGAGCUUUUCAAAUCUGUGUAAUCAAACCAAGGUAUUCUAAGAGUAUUAAAGUAAAAGCAACUGAAAAUGUGGGGGGUUUUUAACUUAUUUUUCCAUCAGACCUAAAAUUCACUCCAGGUUUUUUAGUUCUCUUAACCCUGACAGCACAGAGUCACUGGGUGAGAGUUACUGAAGAAAGCUUUAAACCAAACAAUACAUGGCUCUACCUUGGAGCUGGUUUGACAGUGUGCCUUUUGAAAUCAGUGCUUACACCACUUCAAGCAGGCUUCUAGAAUUGCUGAGUCCCUCAACUGUGUUUGGGUGAAGUCCUGGCCCUGUGGAAAAUCAGGGAGAGAGUUGCCAUCCAAUCCUGUGUGACCACGAGUGCGCGUGUGUUCCUGGAACACCUUCCAAGCACACCUGGUCCCUUACUCACAUGGGAGUUCCUGUUUUGUAACUCAUUUCAGGGUCAUGCUCUGUUCCCUGAUUGAAGUAGUAGCCUGUGGAGUAAGCAGCAAUCCUUUUUGUCAGGACACUUCCACAGAAGGAGAUCACACUUGUGUUAUGUCCAUCCAGCUGUUCUGAAAUGUAAUGCUAUUAUUCUGUUGUGCCUUUAUUUUUCCAUGUAAAAGCAACUGCUGUAAGCUUUACGUUUCUUUUUUUUUUUUUUCUUUUUUCUGUCUGAAAAAAAAUCCCCAACUUUUCAUUGCCCAGCUGUUAUUUCUGGAUGCAGUCUGUGAUCCAGGUAUUUCAAAAACCAAUUACCUCAAACCUCAUGUUAAACAGUGUUGCUAUCUGGAUUCUCCUUGAUACUACAAUAUUGUAACAUAUUGCAAACAGGAACCUUGCUAUAUAUGGGUGUUUAUAUAUAUGUAUCAUAUACAUAUAUACAUGUAUAUAUAUGAUAUAUAUAUAUAUAUACGUCAACAGAAAGUGAUCCCCAAGGACUGAAGGAAAAAAGCAAAACUUAUUUUGUUUUCCAACAUUGAAACCAAAAGGACUUCUAUGAAGCUCUAUAAUGGCAUUGUGCUGGAUACCUAUCAAGAAAAAGUGUUCUCUGAAAAGUGCUUCCUUUGUUAGCCUUUUAUUUCAGUAUUUUAAUGGGGCAGAUAAUGCAAAUAAAACAUUAUUUCUGCAUUUUUUGUCCGAUUUUGAAGCGGAGGCCUCUUAAUCUUUCCAGGUGUUAAAAAGCAAAAACUCAGUGUAUAACAUUGCAGUAAGGCUGGUAUUGCAAAACUAAAACAUGUUCUGGGAAGAUUUUGUAGCUUCUGUUUCUGUGAUGAGUAAGGCAUUGGCCAUACUUUAUUCAAUUUUUCCACUGUUUUGAUGAAUUGAAGUUGAAUCAGUAACCAUCCUAGUCAAUUAAAAUCCUAAUUCAGUAGUCGCUGGCUUUCAGCAUUGCCACCUCUGUUUAAACACCAAAAUAACCCCCCAAAAACAACCUGGACCAAAAAUCCAGCCAUUGCAGAGGAGGAAGAGGAGGUUGGACCAUCUCAUAGCUCCUGAAGGUGGACUUAGCACCAGAGCAACUUUGUGUAUAACAAAAAUCAUGUUGACGAGACUUAGAACCUGUCUGGCCCUUUUCUUUUUCCAACUACUUUCUCCCAAGAAUCUUCUUGUAAAAUCAGACCUUCAACUACAGCAACUUCUUAGUGGUACUUUGUCGAAGAGAAUUCUUUUCAGGCCGUAUUUUCUGCGGGAAAAAUAAAAAGUUAGACCAUUUUUUACAUUAACAUUUUACUGUAUGUGUUCCCCCUCCCAAAUGUCUGGUUUUAAAAGAUGUAUCCAUGUAGUUGAUGCAACAUUACAGUCCAUAUUUUACUUGGACAACAUAGUAGCUUUCCUGUCCAAAUACUAAUGAAUUUACUAUUACUAGUAAUUCAUUUAAUUACUGAUAGUGAAUGACUAGUAAUUAAUUUACUAUUAGUAAAGGAAGAAAAUUAGACGGUUCCCUUUCCCCAUUUUUUUCUUGACUGUCUAAUGUUUCUAUGGCUGUUGAUGAUUAUUAUCUUUGGUAAAUCAAAGUGCUAAAAUCUCCCAGGAGGAGGCAUUUUGCAAUGCUGCUGGCCUUCCAAUGGAAUAACUACGAUGCAAAAGUCGAUCUGUUGGCGGAUCAGGAUUGAAGGAGGUGGUUACUGCAAACUAAGUAACAUUCUUGGCCUCAGUUCUAUGCCAUAAACCCGCACAAUGCCAUUGUCAGUCUGUUCGAACUCUCUGCUUAAUGAAUUCUGCAUGAUCCUCAUGAUAGAGUUGAAAGUCUGAUCUUUCACCUGUUAAUAUUUUCACAUUCGUCCCUAAGUUUGACAAAUUUUGUACUGUAAAGUCGACUUAAGUACAGUUUGAUGUCAAUUCUUGUGGAAAGAGCUUUCUGCAUGUCACAUUAGACACAUACAGUUAAACAACACAGCAUAGUACAAAAACUCACAAGAAAAUGUUUUGGCACCAGCAGGAAGAAAUCUCACCCUAACCAUUUGUCAUUUUAAACCAUCUUAUUGUAAGUUUUACCAGCUACUUCUAAAUUUGUGCUUUAUUUAAAGAAAUAAAAUAAAAAAUCCUAAGACUUGUCUAGCGUAGUGAAAUAUGUGUAUAUCAGUUUUAGGAUAAAUAGCUAAGUCUUAUUACGCUGUGUUACUUAACUUGUAUAUAUAGAGUAUACAUAAGAGUUUGCAGUAACCUGUUUCUCCAGGAUUUCCAGUUUGAAUGGAUUUAAACUCAAACUAUGAGAUUAAGUAAAUGAUUUAGAAGAUUGCGGAAUAAACUGAGUGUAAAUUACAGGAAGCUCUAUCAGAUGGUGAAAUAAUUUUUAAAGAGUCUUUUGGUCCUUGGCUCAAAUUCAAUAAGUACUGUUUGUAUACCAAGAUAUGUGAAAUGUAAAUGUUGUAGGUUAUAUUUCACUCUUGUAGCUAUAAAAAUGUAGAACAGAGAUAGCUUGUACUACUGAGUUAACAGAAGUUAUACUAAAGUAUCCUGUUAAAGAAAAAAGUAUACAGAGAGUUAAGCUCGUUGCUGUAACCCCUUUUGGAUUGAAGUGUGCUGAUUUUUCAUAUAUGUAUAUUUUAUAUAUAUAUUCUGCAGAAGUAUGUAUAUAUAAAAUGUACAUAUAAAAUGGCCUAAUGCAGACAUCCAUUGUAUUGCAGUUAUGAAAUGAAGACAUUUUGGAAAGAACAUUGUAUCAUAGUUCAUGAAUUUGCAGUGGAUCUUUGUUCCUUUUUACUGUGGUAUUUUAGAAAUGAGUCUCAAGUUUGAAAUUAGAUCUGCCAAGUUGGAGUUUUGCUGCUUCAGCUUUGCACUGGGUGUCCGAAUAAACCAGUAUGAAUGUAGUAUUUGCCCUGUGUGAAGCAGCUACACCCCAACAGAUAGGAGGAAAAAACCUAGAAAGAACUAUUUCAAGUUUAUCUUUUUGUAUAUGAAAAUAAACAGUAAAUUACAAAUAA